AACCCAACUUAUUUUGUAGGUAUUCAAGAUUUUGAAAUGAACGAGACAUCGGUUGAUACCUUUGCCUCAGAGGGCUGUUCUCAAGUCCUGAAUCGCAAUUUGCCUCUGUCCGAUUCUCUGUCAACAUCUGUACCUGAAUGUGGAAAGAUGGAAGGCCAUGCCAUCCAGUUGGCAUCAGAAAAAGUUAGUGAGAAAUCAUCUCCUUCUGAAAAUCAGUCACCCUCUCUUGAAGAUGAUUCCUCAUCUUCAUGUAUACCUGAAGAUAUUGGUGAUGUGGCUAAGCAAAUGGAUAAGCUUUCUGUUCACCCAGACGAAAGUGUGACAUCCAUUAAAAAAUCCUCAGCUGAAAGCAGUCCAGCCUCGAUCAAUAGAGGUCCGGAAGAGUAUCAACUGAAGUGGAUAAUGUGGCAUGAUCACAAAACUCCCAUUAUCACCCAGAAUCAGAAUGGACCCUGUCCUUUGAUUGCAAUUGCAAAUAUUCUUCUCUUGCGUGGUAAAAUGAAACUGUCUUCAAAUGCUUCUACUAUAACAGCCGAAGAACUUCUUACUCAUGUGGCUAACAAUAUUGUGGAAAGUAGACCAGAGGAAAAUUCAGAGGAAAUUAUGCGGAACUUUGAGCAGAACAUGCAUGAUGCUAUGUCUUUACUGCCUCAACUUCACUCAGGUUUAGAUGUUAAUAUAAAAUUCACUGGAGUUAACCACUUUGAGUUCACUGAAGCAUGUACAGUAUUUGAUCUACUUGACAUAUCUCUGUAUCAUGGUUGGGUUGUUGACCCUCAAGCAACAGAAACUGUUCAAGCUCUUGGAAAUAUGGGGUACAAUCAGCUGGUAGAAAUGAUCAUUCAAGACAAAAUGGCUGAUGAUUCAUCCAAAGUUACCAAAGCUUUAUUGGCUGAGCAAUUUUUGGAGAGCAGUGCCUCACAAUUAACAUAUCAUGGUUUAUGUGAGUUAAAUUCAGUAAUGGCUGACAACGAACUUGCGGUUCUCUUCAGAAAUAACCACUUCAGUACAAUAUUCAAACGUAGAGUCCCAACAAGAUCAAGAGAAUCAAAACAAAGUAUAGAGCAGGUUCAAAAUGAACUGUUCCUACUUGUGACUGACCAAGGUUUCCUUCAUGAGUUCAAUGUUGUUUGGGAAAUGCUAUGCAAUAUUGAAGGUGACUCCAUGUUUGUGGACAGUGCUUUCAAAAAUGUCCCACCUAAAUCAGCUCCAGAAUUCUCUCCUGCUCCUAAUACCAUGUCUCAGAUUGACCAAGACUAUAUGGUGGCUUUGGCAUUGCAAGAGGAUAUGCAGCGUCUAGAUGAUUCAUGGGAAGAUGUUAAAAAAUCACAUCCUGAUGAGGACCUAUCUGAACUUUCAGAUGAGGAGCUGGCUCGACUCAUACAUAAAAAAGAGAUGGAAGGAGCUGCUGAACAGGAACGAGUCAACAAGCAGCUGGCUGAGCAGUCUCAGCAGCCCACUACUGUAGGUAACCAGGCGUCACCAACUUGCUCCUGCAACUCAUCUGACUGUAGUCAUCGCCCCCCUGUUUGUGCUGUUGAGACUUGCACACCAAACCCAAGUGGUUCACCAACAUCGUCAUCCCACAAAAAGAAUGCUUGCUCGGUCCUCUGAUAAAUGCUUUCCAGGCCUGCGUUGACCUAAUGCAUGGCUUGGAGGAAAAUUUUCAAGGCAUUGAUUAUUAAUGUGUUUACUUAAUGGGACAAAACGUUGAACACUGUGCCCACAAAUAUUCACGAAGAAAGAAAUUUAUUUCUUUAAAAUGGGAAAAAGCCUUGUCAGUUGCAAGUUACACAUGGAAUGACAUUUCUCCAAAUGGCUUAAACCAAAAUUUAUUUUCAAUACUGUGAAUUGGAGCCAAUAUUUCCACUUGACACAGCUCUCACUAUUGUGAGUCAUGUGUUUGUCAAAAAUUGUGUUUUCCUCAUUUUUGUGUUUGUUUUAUUUUGAAAUGCCAUAAUUAGAGUAACAGGUGUAUGUUUUAAUAGCCAUGUGUGGCUAGGAAAAGUGGCUACUGUCACAGUGAAACCAACAUACAACGUAUUUAAGGAGUCUGUCGCGAAAAUUCGUUACAAGUGGGAAUCUGUUAUGUUACCACUAAAAUCAUAGCCAAGGGGAAGAAUCCAAUUCAAACAGAAAUUCUGUUAUCUGGGUGUCCGUUGUGUGUGGGUUUCACUGUAUAUCUCUAUGCAUGAAUUGUUGUAAAUUAUUGUUUGAAAGUUUAUCUUAGAAUUAAAACUUUACCUAAGCUAAUUUUUGGAUUUUUGCCAUCCUAGCAGUUGUUCUCUAGAGCUUUACAAUGUCCCAUUCUUUAAUUUGUAUGUAGCUAGUGGCUUUACUCACAGAAAGGUUUUGCUCAUUGACAUUUUGCUGAUUUUUCUUUGAAUCUUUGCAAAACUGGUUAAAAUUAUUGUUACAUUUCUUCAAUGUCUUUAAACAUAGUUCAACAGAAGUGAAUAAAAUUACAAUUAUGGUUUGAAACUCCAUGGAAAGGUGUUGUUAUAGAUUUUUUGAUAGAUGUUGUUAUUUAUUGGUUGAAUUUGUUGUUGUGAGCACCACACUGAGAAAGUUUAAAAAAAAGAUUUGCUGAAGCUUUAAAAUUUGUUUACUGUAUCUGUAUUAUUUCACAUUUGCUAGAUUUGAAAAUUUUUACAAUAAUGGUAGAGAUUUUGAGAUCUUCUAAAUUUUAAUAUUUGUGCGCCAGAGAUGUUAAUGUUAGAAUCUUGAUUGUGUGUAAUAAGAUUGUCCUUAUCAGAACUAUUAUGAUUCUUUCAGAGACUCAUGCAAGUUGUGAACAUUGAUUUUAACUAUUUUCAAGAGUUUACUGAGGGCUUUCGUCAUAGUUAUUCCUGUUUGAAAGAAAAUUUCCCCCCAAAAUUUGCUGUUGUCACAUUCUGUGACCCUUAAAAAAUAUUUCUAGCAGUUGCAAAUGAUUUUGAGAACACAUACUUAGCUAUGUCUUUGUUGAUAUUGCACUUUGACACCAUUCAAAUAGCCAUGUGCCUUAUUCAAAUUAUAAUUUAUCUUGUUACCAAAUAUUUCAUCUGUUGAAUCAUGAGAAUUUUAUUCACCUAGAUAUAUUCUAGGAAUGUAGCCAAAGAAAACACAUACUUUAACUUUUGUAAAACAUUUUGAUUCAUCAAAGUGCUAGAAAUUGUAUCAAAUCGAGCUAAAUAUUCUACAGGUGGAUAUGAACUGAGCGAACAAACAUACUGUUUUCGUAAUUGUUGACCUCUUUGUUCAGUGUGCAGUGAUGUGCUCACAAAACGUGGACUUUGGUAAAAGACCAGUAUUUAGUAGAUGCGUUUUGGGUCUGUAAUAUUUGAGCAUUGUUUUUUAGGUUCCAUCCUUUUGGUCUGUCAAACUGCAGAAUCUGCACUCCCUUAAACAUUCCCAAAAAAACAUAUUUUGAGGCAAUUGUUUUACUUAACGCUAGAGUUGUAUAUUCAGUUUAUUGUUUCAUUGUGCCCUGUUGUAUGUUGAGCUGUUGUUAAUCCUUCAGUAAUUUUUUUCUUUUGCCUCAAUGGCAUUUAUGUUUUGUCAGCUUGGCUCUUUGAAGUAUAGUUUAUUAAUUGCAAUAUGUGAUGGUGUGUUCAUUUAUGAACUACUACGAUUUAUUUCAGGGUCUAAGAAAUCUCUUACUUCUGCUGAACUUCAAUGUGUUCUAAACAUAAAGUAGAAAGAGUUAGAAAGCAAUAUACGCAACCUAUACAGUAUCUGGAGAAACUCUGAAUAAUAGAUCAAAAUGUGAAACUGCUGUGUCAAUUUUUGUAGAGGAUUUGGCAAUGUUGAUGUGAUUACAUUUUCUUUAAAAUUAUUUUCUUGUUGACCUGAUUACAUAAGUUUUCUCUAAUAAAUUGGUAAGUUUUCUGACCAAUCACUAUGAUAAUAAGUUCUUUAUUUGUAGUGCUUGUGGGUACUUGUAAGGAAACCAUUACCGUUUUAAACUGUAUUAAUGGGCAAGCAAUAUUAAUUUCUUUUAAGUAUGUACUAAAUGAAUGAAUGGUUGUACUGAAAUAGUAAUUAACUAAACAUUAGCCUUAAUGUAGUUAAUACAAUAGAAAUUCUACGACACAUAUUUUUUGCCUGUGUAAAUCAGCAUCUGCAGAUAUUGAACUACCCUCAUGCCUUUUUAACUAACUGAACACUUGCCGUUAUUUCAUGUAUCAUGUAAAAUGCAAGAUCCUUCGUUAUUUCCAAGGGCUCUACAUGACAAUAUAAUCAAAACCAUGAUGUUUGUUGUAGUAUACUUGGCGUGCUCUUCUUGAAAUUGUGGAAAAAAGUUGCAGUUAAAAGUACGUACUUUCAAUUUCUUUAGAGAAAGGGAAGUCUUGAUUUUAAAAAAAUCUAAUAAUAAAAAAAAAACUUUUUUUUUCUAGUUCAUGUGAGAAAAUGUUAGAACAAUCCUGCAGAUAUUUGUCAUAGUUUUCGUGAAAAGUCCUUCUGGUCUGCUCUCAAAAUUGUUAACAGAUUUAACAACCUUAAUACAAGGCAAAAAAAUGUCUGAUCUGUGAUGUGCUGUGUUUCAUUUUAAAUGCCACAUUUUAUUUUGGCAUUCCGUAGGUUAGAUGAUAACAUGGGAUGUAUAUACGCAUAAUAAUUGCUCAGCUAAUGACUGCAUUUGGAAGGUCUAGAGGGAAUGACUCUGCAAACAGAAUUUUGAAGCAGCACCAGAAGCAAAUGCAGUUUGAGAGUAUCAGUGCAUUAGUGUGGUAUUUUCAGUAUUACCAAAACUUGAAUUUUAAUGGUUACGUUUUGUUAGACUUUGUAAAGUAGCUUUCGAAGUAAACUUACUAUUUUUAUGAUGUUUUGUCGUCUAGUCAAAGUAAUUUAAAAAUAACUCAUGGAAUUGAAAAAAUAUUACAGUGGUUUAUAUCUUAUGUCUCAUCUGAUUAUGAAUUAUGGAGCCAACAUUGAGCUUAUUUUCCUCAUACUUCUUAUUGCAUUCAAGUUUGAAUAAAGUUGAUCUAUGGAAA